AUGAAGCUUGGUCACUCGCCAGAGGUGACGGCCUUGAUGAAGGGGCCCGAGGUGGAGUCGAAAUGCCGGACCGAGUGGACCAAGUACGGCACACACGGUCAGGUCGCGUGCGUUGAGUUCGCGGAGGUGUUCGGCGUCACCGGCGGUGGCAGCCUCGAGUACGAGUUGCUGCAAGCGUCCCAAUUCGAAGUGCCCGAAAGGCUACCGUUGACCGGUCCGAAGAGCUUCACACUGGAUUCAGACGACCGCUUCAAGGAUUACUUCGACUUUAUGUUGGCGGAGCAGGCGAAGAUUGACUCUAACUUCCUGGAAAAGGCCAAGGGUUCGCAGGACGACCAGCAGCGACUCAACGGUUUACCAUCGUCGGCUUUCUGGUUGGGCCACUUCCUCGCGUCCUUCACGAUUCAGAUGGUCGACAGCGCCAUCGUUAUCGCGAUUCUGUAUAUCGCAGGAAGCCACGGUUAUUGGAAGGACACCUUCUUCACGCAUACCGAUGUCAGCCUGGUUAUAUUCGUCAUGAUGCUGUUCAAUACGGGGCACGUACUGUUGGCCAUGAUCGUGUCUGCUGUAUGCAGAGCGGGGAACAGAGCCACCUUUUGUGCUAUAUUCGUGGCCUUCUUCAUUCCAUCGUUCGCAUUCCCAAGUGAACCAUCGUCGCUCAGCGGGUUGGUGUUUCAAGACCGCUGGGCGAAGCUUAAAUCUGCCAUCGCUCCACAAUACGGAUGCUCUAUAUUGCUGAGGACUCUCGCGAUCUUUGACGACUACGAGGGUGGAGCCGGCUGGGGAAGCAUAUUCAAGCAUGCACUAAACUUCGACAGCGUCACUGUGUUCGAGUUAUUCGCCGUCAUGGUGCUCACGUGCAUUGUCGAAGUGUUUCUAUUGUUCUACCUCAGCAAUGUUCUGCCAUGGGCCACGGCUUAUCCGCAGUCACCGCUUUUCAUCGUCAUGCCCAACUACUGGAUGCCCGCUAAGGUGCUUCCGGAAGUCGAGGGUGACGUGCAAAAGAGAGACCCCGAACGUUUCGAAGCCCCGCCGGACCUUGCGGCAGCUGUAGACAUCCGCGCCUUGACGGUGAGGUUCGGCUCGUUCACCGCAAAUGACAAGGUCAGUUUCAAGAUCUACACAACCCAAGUGACUGCGCUGCUUGGCCACAACGGUGCUGGAAAGACAACCCUGAUGAGCGCUAUCACAGUGGCCUCCAAUGGAGACCGUCGGGCACGUUGGCGGACUGCGCUGCUCAGUUCGGGCCAGGUCAAGCAACUCUUGGUGAUCCAGCUGGCCAAGGAAGCUGCCGAGAGACACGGUCUCUCCCUGUAUUCAAGGAGCACGCAUGGCCUGCUCAAACCUACGUCGGGUGUCAUCGAAUUUCCCGGUGGUGUCGGUGACGCCCACAAUUCUACUGGUUUCUGCCAACAGUUCGACGUGCUCUUUCCUGACCUCACUGUCAGGGAGCAUCUCGUGUAUUUCGGUCAGCUGCUGAUCCUGGACGAACCGACGACCGGAAUGGACCCCGAAACUCGACGCAGCAUUUGGGACUUGGUGGGCGAGCUUCGAAACAACACGAGCAUCUUGCUGUCGACGCACGACAUGGAGGAAGCCGAUGUGCUUGCAGACCGCAUCGUCAUGCUGAGCUCGGGAAAAGUCGUCUGCGCCGGCUCGCCAGCCUUUCUCAAGCAAGCAUGUGGUGUGGGCUACACGAUCAACGUGAACACUGAGUCCGGCGACUUCGACCUCAAUGAGACGUUGCACAUCGUCCGAAAGACGGCGCCACACGCCGUGGUGCAGAAUGAGAAGCAAGGCACCACGACGCUCGCGCUGCAGACCACCGACCACACGGGCUUCGCAGAGAUGUUCAAGAAGCUCGAAGAAAGUUCCAAGCGCCUGGGGAUCGCAAGCUUCGGCGUCACUGUGGCCACGAUGGCGGACGUGUAUAUCAAAAUAAACAAGCUUUGGGUUCCGCAUGACGGCGACGAGGAACAACAUGGGAGCCCGAGAUCUCAAGGCACCCACCAGUCGUCUCUGACUGCCCACAUGAACAUCGCGACCUCCGCGAACGGCAUCCAGCGGUUGCGCGCGCUGUUUCGUAAGCGGGCGCUGUACUGGACCCGCUCGCCGCUCACCAUCAUUCUCGGCUCCAUUGUCCCGGUGGUGCUCUUCUACUUAGCUUGCUUCGGAUUGCAUCUGCCCAGAAGCCACCGAACUAGCUCAGCCUGCGAGCGUGGGCCUACCCCAGACGGUGGAACUGCGCAGCAGCGUCCACUUCGGAUCGAAGGCUGGUACAACCCGGCGAGCCCCGUCUCGGCAAACGUGCUUCUCAACUUGAUCGACACGGCCCUGUUACGCACCCUCUCCAACUCUCCCAAGGCCCGCAUCACCACCACUGCGCCAUUCUACCGCAUCAAAGCACCUGGCCUCGAAGAAGCUUCCAAGGAUGAAAAACCGUCGUCCUCGAGCGUCGCACUUUUCUGGGUCACACUACCGCAAGCCGUACUCGGUCUAACUGUGUCGACCAUGGCCAUAUUUCCUGUCGCUGAAAAGAACAGUGGUGCGCUCGAGCUCCAGCUCAUGACGGGCGUCUCGGGCCCACUGUACGUGUGCUCGCACUUCCUGUUUGAUCUGCUCGUGCAGUACCUGCUGCCUUUCGGUGCCUCGUUCACCAUGUAUGCGUUCGGGUACGAGACAGACAUCAACCUCGUUGGUUUCGUGGCGCUGUACUUGGUCCUGCUGUCAUUUGCUCCGGUGGCAAUACUCUGGCCGUACCUGUUGUCCGGUGUGCUCCAGACAGAAGGUUCUGCAUUCACCGCUACUCUGGCGCUAUUCGUCAUAGGAGUUGGCUUUGACAAGAAAAUCAACUACGAGGAAGAGGACCCGUGCAGCGUCAGCUUUUUCUCCAUGUCCGAGCACAGCGUGUUGCCGGACAUCUUGCUCCUCGUGGUCGAAGGCCUGGUACUCUUCGUCAUCCUCAGCCUUGUGUACUCGGGAUACGGCUUGAGUCUUCGCAAGAUCAUCGAUGCAGUCCAUGGAGCCCCACCCCGUGGAAGCGAGAAUGCCUUGGACGAAGACGUGAAGACUGAGAGGGAGCUUGUCGAGCGUCUGGCGAAGACCGGCGCGUCGCCCGAGCUGGAGCGACUGGGCUACACGCUGGUGGCACACGAUCUUCGCAAGUGGUUCGGCUCCUUCCAGGCCGUCAAGGGAACCAGCGUGGCCAUCCGUCGGGGCGAGUGUUUUGGGCUCCUCGGUGUGAACGGUGCUGGAAAGAGCACCACUUUCCAAAUGCUCACUGGUCUCCUCCACCUCAGCGCGGGCGAGGCUUACAUGAGCGACGUCAAGCUGACGAGUUCGCUUAGGAAGUGGCAGUCCUACAUCGGCUACUGCCCACAGUACAAUGGACUCUUGGAAAAGCUCACUGCGUUCGAGCACCUGCGACUCUUCGCUGGGCUUCGAGGCGUCCCCGAUAACGUUGUCGAGACAGCAGUUCAUGCGGCCGUUCAGUUCGUUGACGUGGAGCAACAUGCGGACAAACCGUGCGGCACUUACAGCGGAGGCAACAAGCGGAAGUUAUCAAUUGCCCUGGCCAUGCUGGGAAACCCCAGGGUCAUUUUCCUCGACGAGCCAUACGCCGGCGUCGACAUCGUGUCCAGGAAUAAGAUCAAUGACCGGGUGGCCACGAUGCGCACCGGGGUGAAGGUGCCCGUCGUGAUCACGUCUCACGGCAUGGAAGAAUGUGAAAGAGCCUGUGACCGACUGUGCAUCAUGGUGGCCGGUGAGAUGACUUGCCUGGGCACCAUGCAACACCUUCGGGACAAGUUUGGCACCGGCUACACUAUGCAGCUGGUGGUGGCGCGUAGGGAGCCGAUGGGGACCCAAGUAAGCGCGGCAGAGGCAACCACCGCGGAGGUGAAGUCAAACCAAGCACUCGACAAGGACGUGGUCGCGCUCUUCCCGGAAGUGCGUGUCCUCGGCGCACAUGAUAACGUGCAUGACUACCACGUCAAGGAGAAACUUUCAUGGAGCACUGUCUUCGAGAAAGUGGAGCAGCUCGAGGAGUCCCACAAGUUCUCCCACGUAUUAAUCCAAGACACCAAUUUGGAACAGAUCUUUAUUUCGUUCGCCGAAAAGCGGGCUGAAGCUCACGAAGUUUGAUGUCGGAUUUUGGGAUGUUAUCCCCAAGAAGCGUUACGAUCAGAAAUUAAGUUUCGUUGCAUGUACAAUAGAAUGAUCCCUAAAUAAUGCGUAU